AUGGAUAAAGCCAUUAAGGAAGAAGGCACUAUUCAACCCCAGAAGUUGGCGUCAGCCGACAAGGACGAGGUUGGUCAUGUUGCCGAGUACAACGAGCAAGAUCACGGUGCGGAUUCGGAGCUAUCACGCUCCCUAGAGUCCCGGCAUUUGUUAAUGUUCUCGAUCGGAUCGUCGAUUGGAAUGGCCCUGUGGCUAGGGUCCGGCACUUCGCUGAUCAACGGUGGACCCGCUGCUAUAUUCCUCGGCUAUUGCAUCGCAGGCUCCAUCGCAUGGGCGCUCAGUCAAGCCAUCGGCGAGCUGGCAGUCCUCUAUCCCUUAGCCUCAGCAUUCCCCCAAUGGGCUACCAAGUUUAUCGAUAAAGCGCCCGCUUUCACAAUAGGAUGGGCGUACUGGUUUUCAGCCUCGAUUACCCUCGCCAACGAGCUUCAGGGUGUGGUUACAGUCCUGAGCUUCUGGACGCAAUCUGUGCCGACUGCGGCAUGGCUCUCCAUAUUUUUGGUGGUGAUCUUGAUCAUCGUGGUAUGUGCCGUCAAGAUUUUCGGAGAGGUGGAGGCCGUCAUGUCGACCAUCAAGCUAUUCUGGAUUGUGGUGGUGAUUAUAAGCUGCAUCAUCAUCAGUGCUGGCGGGGCGCCUAACCAUCAUAAGACUGGGUUUGAGUACUGGAACUCCAUGCCUUUUACCAAUGGUUUCAAAGGGUUCCUCUCUGUUAUGGGCACCUGUAUUUUCGCUAUGGGGGGCACUGAAUUCAGCGGCAUCGCUGCUGCGGAAGCUCGCAACCCAUUGAAAUCGGUCCCCAAAGCCGUCAAUUCGAUUUGGCUUCGUCUAACGCUCUUCUAUGUCGUUGGCGGCCUGAUGGUGACCAUUACCGUCUCACCCAAAGACCCAGAUCUCUUCGGUGGUGAAGGGAUCAAUGCCAGCCCCUACGUGAUCGCUUUCCGCAAUGCUGGUAUCCCGGGCCUCGCACACGCGAUGAAUGCAGUUAUUUUUAUCAGUGUAGUUUCUUCCGGGAAUGCACAAGCAUAUGCUGCUACUCGUACGGUGGUCGGUCUGGCAAAUAUCGACAUGGCACCGGCCAUUUUCACAAAGUGUGACCGGCUGGGUCGCCCGUGGGCGGCCAUCUUGAUCACAUUCCUCGUGGGAGGCGGCCUAUGCUAUCUCAACGUCACUAAUUCCGGUGCAACGGUAUUUGGAUGGUUUUCGAACCUGACGGCCCUGUGCAUUCUCUGGCUCUGGGGCACGAUAUUCCUGUCUCAUUUGCGGUUCCGUAUGGCAUGGAGGGCUCAGGGCCGUUCGCUGGACGACCUACCAUGGAGGUCGUGGGCAGGGCUCUUUGGAACUGUCUAUGGGUUGACCUGGUGUAUACUGUUGGUUGUUGUCCAGUUUUACUUGGCUGUGUGGCCUCUCAAGAAAAAGAGCAGUGCUGAAAACUUCUUUGCGAACUAUAUAUCGAUCGUUGCCAUUGUGGGUCUAUACGUCGGGAGCAAGAUUUACUAUCGAGGUCCGCUAUGGAUCCGUGCGAAGGACAUCGACCUGAACACAGGCCGCAGACACUACGUGAGCGAAGAUCUGGAAGCUCGGGUCAAAUCGAGCUCGGGGAUCAAGAAGAUGGUCGGGUUUAUCAUGGGAGAAUCGAAGGUUUAG